UCCACAGCGACAGAGAGUGGACUGGACAGACGUUGACCACCCACACCCCCGGUCUUGUGACAGAGUAGGCCCUUAUCGCCCAGCGAGGCAGUUGAUUUUCCACCAUGGGAGAACGCAAGGUUCUAUGCAAGUACUUUCCGCCGGACUUUGACCCCAAGAAAGUCCCGAGGCUGAAGCGAGAUCCCGAGAAGCAGAUUGGCGUCCGGAUGAUGAUCCCCUUCUCCAUGCAAUGCAACACCUGCGGGGAGUUUAUGUACAGGGGCAAGAAGUUCAACUCCCUGAAGGAAGACUGCAUCGGCGAGGACUACCUGACCAUCCGGAGGUUUCGCUUUUACAUCAAAUGCGUCAUCUGCAGCCAGGAGAUUACUUUCAAGACGGAUCCCGAAAAAGGAGACUACGAGCUGGAGACGGGGGCCUCGAGGAACUUCGAGUCGUGGACUGACAAGCAGGCAACAGAAAAGGAACACAAGGAGGCCAGGGAAGAAGAGGAGAAGAGCGACAACAUGAAGCAACUCGAGAAUCGGACGCUGGACUCGAAGAUUGAGCUGGAGAUCAUGGACGCCCUUGACGAGAUCAAGGCCGUGAACCGGAGGCACGAAACAGUGAACACGGAGGACGUGCUCAAGGCGUCGGCCGCCAGGAGGAACAAGAGCGUUGGUGACAAGGGUGGCGCGGGCGCUGGCGAAAACGCCGAGGUCGACGCAAUGAUUGCGAACAUCCAGUUUGGCGGCUCCAAGGUUCGUCGAUUGGUGGACGCUGACGAGGACAACAGCGACGGCGCAGGCGAUACUGCGACGGAAGCGAACGGAACCAACCCCCCCAGUAAAAGUUUCAAAGGGAAGGGGAAAAAGCGCGCCGCCGUCGGAGGAGGAGACGGUAGCGGCUCGGAGGCACAACACAUGACACACACGUUUCAACGAGCGCGAAAAUCCGUUGCAUCGUCUUCGAGCACUGGGGAUUCUCAAGAGGAGGAGGAGGGCGAGGGGGCUGGCGAAGCGAAAAAGGCAGACUCCGCGGGGUCGGCGCUAGUGUCCGCUAUUGAGGCGCAGGCAAGGCGGGAAGCUGAGGCGAUGAAGGCGGCCGUCGCGGGAUCGGUGGGGACGAAGGUCGUGGUGAAGCACAAGAAGAAACGGAGUAGUAGCGGCAUCGGCGAAGCUGCAAGCGAGGCCGGCGGUGGGCAGAAGACGUCCAAGAAACGAAAAAAGCACAAGAGCAAGGAGAAAACCGGCGCUGCUCCCAAGCAGAAUGGUAGCUCAGAAGCAGCAGCAGUAGCGCCGACACCAGCACCAUCUGCGACGGGUGGUGCAGGGCUGGGUGGGCUGAACUUGUUAGGGUCAUACGCUUCGUCUUCUGAUUCAGACGGUGGAACGACAUGACGGGGAAGGCACCUUGAGCGAUUGCAGACAGCUGCGACAUAUGCUACCCAUAUCUGCAUCUUGUUGGAACACGCUUCAGAUGUCCCGUCGUGAGGGAGGCGUGCUUCCAUUCGGAAUGAUAGCUGUAGGGCUGCGAUGGCAAACUCAAGCGAGCUUUCUUUGCAGGAGGACUUCAGUUGGCAGCAUAUAGCGUGCCGAAGGCAGAGUGAAUCGGUAGUCGAUGCGCGGAUCGGAUAUCGAACGGAACCCGCGAAGGUACUCUGGAACAAGAGCAAAGAUUCGCAGUUACGAUACCCGAGAAACUAUAACUAUUCGCAGAUGAUGAUACGGAAGAACACCGUGCAGCACGGGCCGACCCUGGCGUCAGGGGCUUCCCGUUUGUGGCACGCUGCGCUGCUAUGCAUAUAUGUUAAGCGACCGAGUUCACUUGGUGCUGAUAACAUAGUCGGACGCCAAGUGAAAGGGCGAGGGUAUACAGUAAUGUAGCACAAUAUCGAUGUGCCACUGACUCGAUGUAAUGACAACAGGGAGGCGGGCGAGCUCAGGGUUUCUACUUGUACUCAGUUUUCCUCACGAAGAUGUGUGGUUUUGGAAGAGAGGUAUGAUCUGUCUAUGAUGUAGGUAGGUAGAUGCAACAACGGGAACGUAGGUGCUGGCCGGCGAAUGAAUCGCCUGCUUACAUUUUUAUUUCGUUG